AUUGCAUACGGCGUUGUUUACAAGACUCUGAGAACAUUUACCUGCAUUUUACAGCAACGGGAACAGCGCGGCAAAGUGCACAUGCGCUUUAUCGACACCGAUCUACGUCAAUGAGGGCGGCGUCCACAAGUGUGUCCGAGCCAAGAACCUCAACGAAGCGUGCGUCAGCAACCAGGAGUGCAGCUACGGCAACCCGAACGUGCAGUGCGUCAACUCCCUUUGCAACUGCUCGCACCCGUUCGAGUUGACAGCAGCGAGGCUUUGCCUGUUGCCUACAAAUCAAGGAGGCGACAUGGUUACCAUCGCCCUUAGCGUGAUGCUGGCCCUGGCUUUGCUGCUCUUGGCUGCUGGCUAUGUCUAUCAAAAGAUGGUGCGCGAGCGUGACGGUUCAAGCAGCAGCAGUCACCGCUCGAGGCGCAAACGUAAACGCAGUUCAGACGUCACGACCACGUCUUCGACGAUUUACAUCCUGACUAAGGACAGGUCCUUGCCAGACGUCGACAACGAGCCGGAGUACUCAGCGGGGGACAAUGACUGCAGCGAGGCGCAGGAGGAGGAGUCGCGGCGACAGCGACGCGUCCCCCAUGGUGGUUCGUACAUGCGGGACCCUUCGAUGCCGCCUCGCCACCCGCCUCGUUUCAUCAGGCAGCAGGCUGCCAAGGGUCACAAGACCCCGCGUUUGUCGACGGUGCAAGAGGCCGACAGUUCCUCCACCGAGGGCGACGAGCAGCUGGAACUGCACUCGAGCGGCUCCUCCGUCGCCGACAAGCCGGAAGAAGACCCACGUGCGACGCCACACUGCCGCACGCGCAAGGGAGGACACCUGCCCAGACUGGACGGGCGAAAGACCGGUACAGGCCGCCACUUUUGCGCGACGUUUUACCUUGUAUUCAAGUGAUAAUAAACGUACAGUAUUGAC